AUGCCCAAACCUAUUGUUCUCCACCUUGGAGACCCCAUCAAAUACAACCAUGACUUCUACAACGGCCCUUUCUCCGACCGCUACCAAGUCAUCCACAACGAUGCCCCCGGUCGAGAAUCCUUCAUCCAAGCCUUGAAAUCCAACCGAUACGGCCCCUUCUCCGCCAUCUUCCGCCCUCACUUCCAAUCCGGCGGCGAAAUGGGUCCCUGGAACCCAGACCUCAUCUCACUCCUCCCUCCCUCCGUCCGCAUCUUCGCCUCCGCCGGCGCCGGUUUCAACUGGGCCGACGUCGACGCUCUCGCCGCGCGCGGCAUCUGGUACGCCAACGGCGCCGGGGCCUCCGAUGACGCCGUCUCCGACACAACGCUGUUCAUGAUCCUGAGCGUGUUUCGCAACUUUACGAGAUCGCAACUUGCGGCGCGGACCGCGGAUCCGGAGAUCUUUACGGCCACGCAUAAGCUCAUCGCGACGAUCUCGCGAAACCCCCGUGGUCAUGUCCUUGGGUUAGUGGGGCUGGGGAAUAUCAGUAAACGGGUCGCGGCAAAGGCGAGGGGGGCGUUGGGGAUGGAGGUACGGUAUUUUGAUGUGGUGAGGUUGGAGCAGGAGGAGGAGGAGAGGCUGGGGGUGGUGUAUGUGGAGUCGUUGGAGGGGAUGUUGAGGGGGGCGGAUUGCGUGAGCUUGCAUACGCCGUUGAAUGGGCGGACUAGGCAUUUGAUCAAUCGGGAGACAAUUUCGGUCAUGAAGGAUGGGGCGAGGCUGGUGAAUACGGCGAGGGGGGAGGUGGUGGAUGAGCAGGCGCUGAUUGAGGCGCUGGAGUGUGGGAAGUUGUCUGCGGCGGGGUUGGAUGUGCAUUAUCAUGAACCGCAGGUUUCGAAGCGGUUGGCGGCUAUGGAGAAUGUCACGUUGACGACGCAUGUUGGGGGAGGGGCACUGGAGACGAGGAUCAACUUUGAGUUGAACGCAAUGAAAAAUAUUCUGGCGGUGGUGGGGGAGGACGGGGAGAUGAUUGGGGAGCCGUUGACUCCGGUUAAUGCGAGGGCUGUUAGGGAGGCGUUGAAUAGGAUGCAAUAG